CAAGAACAUCAGCAGCCACAGCCAUGAAGUGCCAAGCUCUUUUCUUUCUGCUGAUCCUCACCUGCAUGACUCUGAGUCUUGCACAAGGCACAUUUGACAACUGCUGUCUUGGACAUGUUGGUGAGAUGAAACAAAAGGCAAAGAAAAACAUUGAAAGUUACAAGGUUCAGGAAACAGAUGGCGAUUGCAACAUCAGAGCUGUUGUGUUUCUGAUGAAGAAGAAGAGGUCACAUAAAAAACAGCGAACUGUUUGUGCCAAUCCAAAUGAAAGUUGGGUCCAGGAGCUGAUUAAGACUUUGCCUAUGAGGAUGCAGAAUUAGACCACUUAAAGGAGAGAAACAGGAGAAGACUGAGAGAGAGGCGAGCAGAUGUUUCACCACCCUCUCAGGCAUCAUAUAUCACAUUUAACCACAUGGAUUAUGUUUCAGUAGAGUUGAUAUUUCCUGUGCUGACAAAGAAUGUAAAUCUACAUGGUUCACUAUAACACAAACAUACCAUAUCCUCAAUGUUGUUAGCCAGUAUAGCAAAAUUCAUUUACAUGAUUCUGUUAUUUU